AUCCUAAUUGUAAGAAUGAGAGACAGCCAAAAAAUUAAGAAACAAGAGAUGGUUAGCAGCCUCACAACCCUUCAAAUUUCAGUUUCAAAACAUUCAUCAUCAUCAACAACUACCUCCAAAGGAGAGGAGGCAUCAUGGCUAGGCUUGUGGUGCUCCAGCACAAACAACCUUCUCUCUCUCUCCUUCCUUCUUCUCUCUCUGAUUUCAAUGGCAUCAGAUUGAACACCUCUAUUCAGUAUAAAAGAAAGGUAUGGCAAUCAAAAGGAGCGUUACACGUUUCAGCAUCAAGUGCCAAGAAAAUCCUGAUAAUGGGAGGGACUCGGUUUAUUGGUGUGUUUUUGUCAAGACUUCUUGUAAAAGAAGGCCACCAGGUGACUCUAUUCACAAGAGGAAAAGCUCCCAUCACCCAACAAUUGCCUGGAGAAUCAGAGAAGGAUUAUGCUGAUUUUUCUUCCAAGAUCUUGCACUUGAAAGGAGACAGGAAGGACUUUGAAUUUGUGAAAGCCAAUCUCUCAGUUGAAGGCUUUGAUGUUGUUUAUGAUAUUAAUGGAAGAGAGGCAGAAGAGGUGGCGCCCAUUUUGGAUGCAUUACCGAAUCUAGAACAGUACAUAUACUGCUCUUCCGCUGGUGUUUAUCUCAAAUCCGAUCUUUUACCACAUUUUGAGACCGAUGCAGUUGAUCCAAAGAGCAGGCAUAAGGGAAAGCUUGAGACUGAGAACUUAUUGAAAUUAAGGGAUGUUAAUUGGACUUCUAUAAGACCAGUCUACAUCUAUGGCCCACUGAACUACAAUCCUGUUGAAGAGUGGUUCUUCCACCGGUUAAAAGCAGGUCGACCGAUUCCAGUUCCCAACUCAGGAAUACAAAUAACCCAGCUUGGGCAUGUAAAGGAUUUGGCAAUGGCUUUUAUUCAAGUUCUUGGUAAUGAAAAAGCCAGCAAGCAAGUAUUCAACAUCUCUGGAGACAAAUACGUCACAUUCGAUGGAUUAGCAAAGGCAUGCGCAAAGGCUGCUGGAUUCCCUGAGCCUGAGAUUAUUCACUAUAACCCGAAGGAGUUUGAUUUUGGUAAAAAGAAAUCAUUUCCCUUCCGUGACCAGCAUUUCUUUGCAUCGGUUGACAAGGCAAAGAGUGAGCUCGGUUGGAAACCAGAAUUUGACUUGGUGGGAGGUCUCGCCGACUCCUACAACCUAGACUUUGGUAGAGGAACAUUCAGGAAAGAGGCUGAUUUCUCAACAGAUGACCUGAUUCUUGGCAAGACUCUUGUUCUUACCUAGAUCAUUUCAUUUCUUCUCAGUUUUUUUUUUUUCUUUACUCAUUUUUCAAUUUUUUCUUCAGCCUUCUGUCCAUUUGGGAUUAACAAAUCCUAGGCUUUUGUAAUGACCACGAUGUCAAAAACUAAAAAAUUAAAUGUUAAACGUUAUUUAAGAAUGUGACUUGAAAUUUUUUUUUUAAAAA